CUGAAAGUAAGAGGCUGAACUAUACACAGGUAACUCCGUAAAAAUUGCGAGGAAGAGGAAAAAAAAACUUCAGGGCUUGUCAUGGAGUUCGCGUGAAGGAAAACACGGAUUUUUACCAACUUUCUUUACCAGUUAAACCAGUAUCUCUGGAUAGAACACACUCAAGUACUUGAUCAGGUAGAGUCUUUGAACGCAAUCUCUUUCGUGUCCUCUUGAAAAUAAUCUUUCUUUCCCCCUAUUCGUUUACUUGACUUCAAUUGAAUUUCCAGACCUUUUGUUUGCUCCUUAUCACUGGAAAAAGGUGAACCCUCGUGUUAUUUUUAUUUCAUCUUUGCUUUUAAUUGUAGUUUUUACCCUUGUGGUCCCUGAUGGCUUCGCACAGUGAUACUCUGGUGGUGUUCUUUGGGGCAACAGCUGGUGCAAAUGGGGGUAAACUGGGUUCGGAUGAGAGGGAAAUAAUUCUCUUGGUGUGGCAAAUUGUGGAUCUACAUGAGAAAAAGGUACGGACUUUCUCAACCGUUGUAAAGGUUUCUUCUUUUUAGUGUUUUGUGUCUAAGUAGUGGACUCAUGUUUUAACUUGACAGCUGACAUAUAUUAAUCAACAAACGUACGCGUUCUGUAAAUAUUUGUGGGUCACAGUUUAAAAGAUAAGUGUGCACAUGGGCCUCAACUAAACCAACCGAUAGGCUGAGGGUGUGUAGCCUACACCUGUGUCAGAUUUAAUUUCAGUGAAAUGCUUUAAAUAUAGGAUGAAAGAAAGCGUACCUUUUUGGUUAUAUGUCAACGCCUUGACAUUGGCAACUUUGCGUUGACAAUUAACUGCUUGUUUGACAAUUAACUGCUUGUUUGAUAGUCGGUGAGUUCAUAAAAUGGGCCUGUCAUGUUUAGUACUGACUUGGGAAAUUAGUUGUUGCGUUUUUACCAAGCUGUACUCUGUAGUUUAGAACUAAAAUGGGUGGCACAUGCCGUGGUGAAACACCGAUUCCGUUCACAGGUUGGGAAACUUCAGAGACGUCUUGUGAAGCCCGAUACUUUAGAGUUGACAGACCAGAGUGAAGAGGAGACUGGGCUGUCUGUGGACGAACUCUACAAGGCCGAACCUCUGGACAAAGUUCUGCAACAGGUGAGACUCAUUUUGUCUGAUUAGGCCUAAUAGUGAAGAUUCCUGUUCAGGCCCAAUAGUGAAGAUUCCUGUUUAGGACCAAAAUCUCGAGUCUUGUCCUUUGCUUUCCUGCAUUCUAAGACUUAAAUAUUUUAAAACUGACUCCAAAGAAAAGUUUAAGAUGCUGAACAAAGCAUUUCAUCUCUAAUAUGAUAAUGGCUGAACUUUAACUGGCAAAAACAACCAUGCAUGAUAAGACUGACAGCAUUCAAAUGGUCUUUAACAUCGCCAACCGCCUGGAGGGAGAUAACAGGACAUAACAAGCUUGAUGGUGACGCUUUAGGGAAAUGUUAAGGUGUGUCGAUUUUCUCAGCGAAUGGAAACCCCUGAAAGGUUUCUGACCAUUAACAAUUAUUCCAAUUGGUUGGCUGCUGUUUGGCCUAUUAAGCUCUUUGACAGGCAGUGAGUAGUUGCAUCCAAAAUGACACCCUAUUCCCUAUAGUGCACUACUUUUGACCAGAGCCCUAUGGGAAUAGGGUGCCAUUUGGGACCGGCCCAGUGUAGAAGCUGGUUUGAGUAGGCUUGCUUGGCUAAGCAGUGACUGCCGUGGGGUUGAGGUAGGGACGGGGAGACAAGCAGGUCUAGUCUUGUCCCAGACUGAUGCGAGCUGCUGACAUCUGGAAGACUGAAUGUUUACCUGGGAACGCAAAGAAACACGCCUCCUGGGCAGAGAGGACGGAGAGAGAGAAAGAGGGGGAGUGAGGGAGACCCCUGGCCAUAGCCUAGCACCUGUUUUCUCAGGCUAGGUAGUUGUGAGAUGAGGCAGUCUGUUCCUGUUUAUGAUGACCAGGAUGUGAAUGUGUUUUCAGGUUCCACCUCCCCAGGUAUGUUUUGACAAAAGAAGGGCUUAUGUUGCCAAACGUGUUUUUCAACCGCUCUUUCUACCUGCAGUGCUGAGAGUAUUUGUAUGCACUCUGUAGGUAGGGAGUUACACCGAACCCCAUCCCCGCCCCAGCAUUAUUUCAUAAUUGAAAACCCCAUAUUACCAGGCUCUCCUAGUGAUUUAGGGUUAUGGUUUAGAGAUGCUGUCUGACUCAGUGCUGUGGUCCUCUCCCAUGCAACAAGCACAAGCAGGUUCGCUGAAGUGAUCAAUCCUUCCUAAACAACAACAAUGUUUUUGCAAUAAGGUCCCUGAGUUUGACAGUGCUCUUGUGGUUGUGGCUUGUGACACAAUAUAGAUUUAGAGUAGAUCCGUACUGCAAGAUGCUCUCUCACUGCUGAUUUCUGAUUGCUGAAGUAAUCUGUAGUUUGAGUUUCUCUACCCGCAAGCCGUCCCAAUUCCAGUUUGUUUUGUGAGUCUGUGGACCCUUUAAAGAUUAACCAGAACAAUCCAUUUUUUACUGGCUUACCUCUGUCUGCUGGGCCACUUUCUCUUGCCAUUGGUCAGGUUUAGUUUAUUCAUUUGUGUCUAUUGAUUUAAGCCAGGUAGUCAGUGGAGGAAUGGAGAUAAAGCUACAUUCAACUAAUGUGAGUCAUAGGAGAGACUGCCUUUGGGGUUGUAGGUAGGAAUAGCUAACUAACCUGGCAGAGACCAUAUCUCAGUGGACCUGACAAUGUCAUAAGGCCAGAGCAGCCUAGCCAAGGACGCAGAUUUGUUUUCUUUGGUGAAAGAUUUAUUCAGUCGGAGAAAAAUGGCAAUCGAGAUUAGAACUGGGCUGCACCCUUUCCAUUGGGGGGGGGGGGGACUUUAAACACUACUGUUCCUUGUGGAUUUGUAGCCUGCCUUCCAUUCAACAUAUUAACAACUUUCUCUCCCUAAGAUUGAGUUUUUUUAUUUUAUUUUUAUGUCAGAAUCCUGUUCUAGUUUCUUAGCUGUUCUCAGAUCAAUGGGUUUGUCUGGAAGACACUUGUGGUUUGGACUCAUUGAACCCCAGUCAGUCUUAGGGCCUCCCUUUAUUAGGGCCAGUAUUGAGUGUGAAGAGCCUCAGAUCAGUGCAGUGAUAGUAUACAGGCUCUGACUUGCUCUGUGCCAGGCAGCCUGGAGCAAAGCGUGUUCAGCUCUCUGUGCUGCUAGGUCUCUCUCACAGGUGGGGCAGCGUCACCCUGUUCCCAGGUUCUGAAGGCACUGGGGCAGGGCAGGUGCACAGCAGAGGCAGAUAAUGAAAGAUAAAGGGCCAGCAGCAAUAAAACUCUCCCUCGGUCUUCUCCCUUCCCAUUCUCCAACAGCAUUGUGCCUUGUAGAGAACAAACCAGAGGGUCCUAUACAGACCCAGGAUUGUAAACCUCUAAUCUCCACAGUCCAGUCAUAAAAUGACAAGUUUGGGACAGUGGUGUGACUGUAACAGGCCUAGCCAUGAGUACUGCCUGGUACUCCCUAACACCUUAUCGUGAGCCUCACCACCACCCCUGCUCGACUCCUCUCCAUGGGCCCGGCCUCAACACCAUGCAAACACACCAGCUAUAGUUUAUACCAAAGAGAAAACACAGAUGGUUCAAGGGUCAACUCCUACCUCACUCUCACCCAUGGCACAGUGCAGCAGAGAACCACCCGCCCUCCCAAUGGGGAAAAUGAAACCAAUGGUAAUCAAUGAAUGGUUUGGCUGGCCUGGUCAGGUCAGGUAGAUUAGUGACCGUCUAUGCACAUGUUCUCAUUUGUAGCAUGUUGACAUUUCCUAUUCUGACUGCCUUAUUGAGUUAAUGUCUGGUACUUUCUCUGAUUUAACCUUUGCUGCUUGUGUUGUCAUAUUUAUCAGUACCUGUUCCCUUUGUUAGGCCUGUCCUGUUGGACAUGUUUGCUCUAAUAGCAUGCUAGUUUGGCAGAGCGGAUAGAGUACAGGGUGUGUCACUUAGUUCCUUUAAACCAUUUGUUUCUAUUCCUAAUCCGGCUGCUGAUUGUGCAAGGCGGGGCUGCAUAUCUGUGAAAACAGCCGCAAGCAAACGAACACCACACCUCACUCACCAUGCAUUAGGUUGAACACAACUACCUUUGCAUCCUGGUCUGUUCCUGCUUGUCCUAUUAUCUAUGGGACUACUUAAAUGACUGGGUUCUAUACCAUAGAUGUUACCAGAUACAUUACAGUAUCUGUUGAUACCCUAUGACAUACACUGUGUAUCAUCUGUCAUGGCUCCCAGAUGAUGACACAUUGACCUCUGGAUCCUUGGCAGACAGUCUUUUCAGAGAAAGCCAGUCAGUAGUCUUAGGGGCCUAUCUGACCGGCCCACAUCAGCCAAUGAGCUUCCUGUGUGUAUCAGUCCUUCCCUAACCCAGAUGUUAUCAUAGCAUGGUGAACUGUAACACACCAGGCCCUGAAGUGGCAUGGCAUCCCACAGCUCCACGUGGCAAGACAGACCUGUCAAUCAAUAACCCAGUAUCCUGGUCCCGGUCACCACGAGGACUCAACCAUCUCAUCCCUUUUUAGGGUUUGAUAGGUUCAGGAUAGCUGUAGACGAUAGAUGGAGUGAUGAAGGGUUCAACAAAACUCUCCUUUGUUGUCUCAAUACAAUGCAUAUGAUCAUGGUAUAGGGGGCCUAGUGUUUUUUUGUCCUGUGUGAUGGUGUUUGUGGGUAACGGUCAGUGUGUUGAAAUAGAGACCCUCAUGAACAUAAUUAUUUCCCUCAAGUUGAACUCCAUAACCUCAUGUAGAUUAGUGAGAGCCAGUCAGGGGUCAUGUUCAGUAGGGCGAAAACAUUUUUGAAAUGGGGAGGUACCUCUUGACCAAUAGGGUCACAGAUUUAAGCUUUCCGUUGCAAUCAUUUUCCUACGGUGUGCCCUACUUUAACAGCACCCAUGGCUCCUCUCUCAGGCAGUUGAGUCGCCAGCUGUUGAGGUUGAGAGGUCAUGGCCCUGUGUAUAUAUCUCCUGGCUGUCCGUGUGGAGCAUGCUCUAACACACACCAGCAGCAACACACUCGUACUGUCUGAAGGCUGGAUGUCAUAUAUGGCUAGUGGCCAUGUGAAAUUAGCCUCACUGACUGACUGACAAUUAGUCACUAACGACCAUUUAGAUCUUCUGGACAGAUAACAUGGUAUCCCUCUCUGUGGGACUGUAGCUUGUAGGGGAUAAGUAGUAGCUAAACAAACCAUGAAUUUGAGAGUAGUGUUGCCUAUUUGAUGUGGGGUAAAUUUAGUCAUUUUUUUUAUAUUCAGCAUCACUCCGUCAAGGGAAAUAGUUUUCUAACAAAGAUAUCUAGAUAUUUCAGGAUGUUGUUGUAUCUUUGGAAAUAAUCAGAAUCCAUGUAAAUAUUAGUUUUGGGAAAAGAAGUGGUCUCUUGGCACAACUUACGGGUAUGGGGUAAAUUGAGCCGCGAAACAGGGUAAGUUAAGCCGCCUACAAAUGUCUGUACUGAAUGAAGUAUUACCACUACCUUUUUAAAACCAUGCCCAUCUUUAUUUCCCAAACACAAUUCAACACAAUCAAAAUGGCUUUUUUGGCUUAACACCUAACAAACACUUGAGCUCACCUAACAAACACUUGAGCUCAUAGACUGGAGCUCUAUGUUAAGGGUGUCAGUUAUUUAUUUUACUGUCGUAGCCGACGUGUAUACUGUUGAGUUGUCAGCGUACAUAGAAACACAGGCUUUAUUAAAGGUCAGUGGAAUAUCAUUAGUGAAAACAAUAAUGGCCCAGCCAGCUGCCCUGCGGAACACCACACAACAGAAUUUGCAUUAUAGAGGCUUCCGUGCUAGGUUUAGGACCUCCUAUUGAAGCUUAUAGAGACCCCAACUGAUGUAUAGAACAAUCUUAAAAUGAUCUACUGUGGUUUAUAUACAAGCCCCGUGUAGCUCAGUUGGUAGAGCAUGGCGCUUGCAACGCCAGGGUUGUGAGUAUGAUUCCCACGGGGGGCCAGUAUGAAUCUAAAAAAUAAAUAAUAAACUGUAAGUCGCUCUGGAUAAGAGUGUCUGCUAAAUGACUAAAAUGUAAAUGAAACCUCUUAACACAAUACAUUAAUUUGACUUGGUGAAUCUUUAAAAAAAAUUUUUUACCUAACUUGCUUACCACAUUUUCCAUGUGGUUUCUCCCUUCAGACUCCAUAAAAUUAUGACCGGUUCCUCAAUAUUUGGUCAAAUGAUACAUUUUGUGUAUGGUUUCCUACAAACAAGGGCGUUUCAACUUACCCCACUCUCCCCUAAUAGACAAGAUACCAAAAUGAUAUCCUCAAAGAAGGAAGCCAGCCUAGCUAGAAAUGGAAUUGGAGCACCAACUGGCAAAUUGGAGAGGUCAGUUUGUUGGUUGAGGUGAUGGUGAGACGUUAUGUCUGUUGACUGUUCAAAGACACCAGUAAAGUUUACACAACACUAGUAAUGGGCCCCAUUUAAAUGUGAUGAUUACUAAACACAUACCUAUUUGGGAGUCACUGCUGCGGGGCUUGGUCAUUGGCUGAGUGUUUUUAUAGGGGCUAGUGAUUGGCGAACAUUGUCUCAUCUUGGUCUGGUCGUGACAGUUGGUCUAACUGCUAAGUGAAGUCCCUGAUCCAGGUGCUGAUUAGCACCACGAUCCCUCGUCUGCUUCCUCGCUAUGCAAACACCUGAAAAAACCUAUUGGAUCCCCCCCCCCCCCCCCUCCCCAUUUAUAAGAUGCGCGCACACACACGCACGGUACAGAACGUAGCGUUCACAUCCGUCAAUCUCAGGACGCCUCCCUACCUGUUGAUCCCCCAGAACUCAAACCUACCUGUUCAGGGAACUUGUUCGUACCAGUGGGCUUAUUUAAAGACUUGGCCUAUUUAAAGUGUUAAAGGUUAGAAACACUGCUAAUUCUUAUGGGAGAGAACUCCCUGAGCACUGUUAUUUGAAAACAAAUCAAGCAUAACCUGGCUAUAAGGUAUAACCUGGCUAUAAGGUGAAUGCACCAAUUUGUAAGUCGCUCUGGAUAAGAGCGUCUGCUAAAUGACGUAAAUGUAAAUGUAGUUAGUAGCGUGCUGCAGCAGAGCAGAAUUAAUCAGUACUGUGUUACUCUGUGGUUUUUCAGAGGUGACAUUGGCACUCCCAUGUUUGUCUGCUGGCCACAAGUGGUUUACACUGAAUCUCUAAAAGACCACAGGCAACUACUUGGCUGAUAACCAACAAAGUAAAGUCAUACUUUAGUUUGGUUGUGUGUGUUUGACUCAUUGUAUGUUCUCACAAUAACUCUCCUCUUGUAUCUUUCUUCAUUCUCUCCCUACAGUUCCAGCAGUCCGUCUCAGCGGAGGUGAAGGCUCUGGGCAGAAGUUCCUACACACUGUGUGUCGACGGGCCCCUCAUCAUACGACAGGCCCUUCACCCUGAGGCCUCCAAGAAGGUAUUGAGUGGCCCUUGAUCUUCUAACCUACCAUUUAGGGGAAAUGUAGCCAUUUUGUUAGAAAAUAUAAUUGCCGUUAUUUACUGACCUAGUUUUUAGGGGAAUUUCCAACAUGUAUAUGGAAAAGGUAUUAUGUGUAUCAGUCUCUAGGACUUUGUUUAGGUGAAGGAGGCACAAUGCUAUAAUUCAGUCCAGAUAUUGAGUCUUUGGUAUUUGUUUGUGUAUAUUCUUUACAUUUGACCUUGUUAGCCACACGUGUAAGUUGUACUUCCUGGGUCACAGUUAGCAGUAUUUCUCCUGUGCUUGUCUUGUGUAGAGCAGUAACAUGUCAUAAUCUUCACAGGAAUGCUAGCUAUCCACACAAUCAUCCGGAGAUGGCGUCCUGUCCUCUCUUUUUUCUUUCACUUUCCUUUUCAUCUCAUCCCCUCUUUCUUCAUCUCUUUAUGCCGCCUAUACCUGGCUCCCUCCUUCAUUGCGUCACUCCUAUUAUCCCUUAUUUUCAUGAGGUCUGUCUACAGAGUAUUCUACUAUUCAGUGAAUGUUGAAUAGACUAAUGACUGAACGACCUGUUGUGUGUUUCAGAACCUGGUCCUGCCAGAGUGUUUCUACUCCUUUGUGGAUGUGAGGAAAGAGUUUCACAAAUGUUGUCCCAACGUUGGACAGGUCCAGGACCUCACACUGCCCUCUAUGCUAGAAUGUAAGUCAGGGUUAGAUUAAAAAUAAUGUCAGUCAACACUUUUGAUGUUCCUAGUACUUAUACAAAUGACAGAUAAACCAUCCUUACCUGUGUGUAGAUGUGUGCAUCCCAGAACUUCCCCUGUCAGAGCAGGUGAUGGGGCUGAAGGAGGUGAGGAGUAUGGUCCAGCUCUCCCUGCACAUCCUGGCUGAGCCAUACAGUACGUCUAUAAAUCUCUCUUUUGCUAUCCCUCUCUUUAGCCCACAUUUCCCCCCGCUCUCUGUCUGUGCCAGUCCCACCUGGCCACCCCACAGCCCUGUCAAUCUCUCUAGGCUAGGUGGCUAACAGGAAUGCUGCUGAAGUUGCAGGCUGGCAGGCCAGACCUGUUGAGCAUGAAACAACCUGGCAACGCGGAGCAACACUAAAAACAACAUUUGUUGUAUUGUUUAGUCUGAAUAGAAGUGAAGUCAAUUGGCUUCUGUUGGCAGAUCCAAUGUCAAGCCUAAUGUGAAGUAAUUUUUUUAUCAGUAUGGUACUUUUGAUUGUAAAUGUGGAUAGAAGUUUGAUGCGUAUUGUUAAUUAGUGUUUGAAUCUCUUCCAGACCACAAAUUCUCAUGCUUUGAAGCUGUGAAGUACAAGCUUGAAUCGGGAGCAUGGUAUGUAUAUUCUCAGUGCAUCGACUUAAUGUUACCUCAUUCAACCAUGAGGUUGUGUGGCCACGUCUCUAUACUAAACCUGUUGUUUAGUGUUUACUGUAGUUGAAGCCUAACCGUCCCUCCCAUGUUCAGAGCCAGGCUCUUAGCAUUGAUUACAGCAACAAGAGAAACCACAAGCGUGUCAUUAAACCACUCCAACUUUGCCAUUAAGUACUCAACUGGCUAUACAGUAGCACCACACAAAUCCCACUACGGUGUCCAAUACCCAUUGCCUUGACAACCCCUGGAAUUUGUGUUGCUGUGUUAGAGUAGUGUGAAGUAGACUGUUAAACUGCAUAAGUCCCAAUUUUUACCAUGUCUGUCUUUGAUGAAGACGACUUACUGAAACACUUUGGUUUUUUAACAAUAUAGAAGUACUAUUCAAGCCAUUUACAUUGUCUUCAAAGAGUUUCUGAACAUUACUCUCUCUCUGGUGUCUCAUGCAGCAUUGUGUGAGUUCAGUGUGUAACAGUUAAACACCAUUCCCCAUGUUGACCGUGCCUCUGGUUUGUCCCCUGCAGCAGUAAGACCGAACCAGUGGACAGUGAGACAGUGAUCAGAGCCAGAGGGUUGCCAUGGCAAUCCUCUGACCAGGACAUCGCCCGCUUCUUCAAGGGCCUCAACAUCGCCAAGUACGUUACCAAAACAUGACUGUGUGUGUGUCAUGUGAUUAAGCCACGUUUCCACUGAGAAUGGGCGACUAACACCCACAAUAAGUUGUACAUGCAGCUUUGUCUCCAUAGAGGGUCAAAUUGUGCUUAUCCUUCCUCCAACCUCUCCCUGUGUGUAUCUCUAGGGGUGGUGUGGCCCUCUGUCUGAACGCCCAGGGCAGGAGGAACGGUGAAGCCCUGGUUCGUUUCAUCAACCAGGAGCACAGAGACCUGGCCCUGGAGAGACACAAACACCACAUGGGCAGCAGAUACAUUGAGGUCAGCAUCCGUCUAAGACAGCAGCCCCUACGUCUAACACAGCCAUACCAUUACUGUUGCAUCACUUAUGGAUCCAAUACCGUUACAGCAUCACCUAUCCAGCCAAUACUGUUACAAAGAAAAAAAGUAAUGCUUUCCAACUGUAGCACACAGUGCAUGUUGCAUUGGUCAGAUGAAAGGCCAUUUAGAGUUGCUAAAAGUCUCCUCUCAUCCUCACAGGUCUACAAAGCCACAGGAGAGGAAUUCCUCAAGAUUGCUGGAGGUCAGAUUUCAGACUUUUCCCCCUUCCCUGUCUCUUCCCUUGCUUCCUAUGAAGCCAUGUUGAACGUUUCUCUGUUAGUGUGUGGUAGUGUAGCUUUCUAUUACAUUCCCCCCCAUAUCCCAGACAGACCCAAGACAGACCCCCCUGCCUCUCAAACAGCAGCUCUUUCCUGAGCAGAGCGGAGAGUAUAGAGUAGAGACUAGAGGAACUGUCCCUGUUCCCCUGCCCUGUACCGCUCCGGUUCUCUGGCUUAUCCUGGGGGAAUGAAAGGCGCUUUGUGAGCCUCACCCCCUCCCCUCUCUCACCCCUCAGAGGCUAGUUGGUGGAAGGUAACUUUACCCCUGGCCGACAGUGUCUCACCUCAUCCUCCCGGCGGCCAGUGAAAGGCCCAGCUCAGGGCCACACAAAGGGGGUGUGAAUAGACAAAGAGCAGAGCUGAUACAGGAGAGAGGGCAGGGGAGAGACUAGUGUCUGUCUGUGGACUCUAGCCAGACGACUGGAGAUCUAUAAUGUCUGACAAAACAUUGUACUUCCAGCAGAUACUGUCGGCCCUAGACUCUGACUCACUGCUCUUGUUUUAAUGUCUACUCUUGUAUUUUAAGUAAUGUAAUGCAUUUGAUCAUUUUAUUUAUUAGUGGCAACAAUCAACUCCUCAGAAUAAUCUGCAAUAAAAAGGGGGGCCAAGAAAUUACAAAAGUUAACUUUUAACCCCUAUUUAAUUCUUUUUCCCCUCUCCCUCUUUUUGGACUUGGGCCCCCAACGGGGUUUGGCCCAUUUUCCGCCCCAAGGAGAACCAGGUGAUCAUCAGGAUGAGGGGUCUUCCCUUCACCGCCUCUCCCCAGGAGUUGUUGACCUUCCUGGGGGCCGACAGCCCCGUGACGGACGCCAGCGAGGGCCUACUCUUCGUAAAGUACCCCGAUGGGCGGCCCACGGGCGACGCCUUCGUCCUGUUCUCCUGUGAGGAGUACGCCCUGAACGCCCUGAAAAACAAAGCAAUCCUUGGGGAAAAAGAUACAUCGGCUGUUCAACCUGCAGCAGGUCCAACAGGGAAACACAGCACUCACUUUUUUCGUGUAGUAACAGUCACUAUAGGGAACUGUUCAAAAAACUCGCUGAGGUCUGACGGGUACGGUGUAGUAGAAUGUAGAGCUGUUCAUAGUACUGCAGCUGAGGUCAUAGUAGGUGUAAGGUAGGUGUAGUAUACUGAGUGCAGCAGGUAUGGCCCAGUCCUACGGCAGGUAUGGUGUAGUAUACUGCAGUGAGUGCAGCAGGUAUGGUGUAGUAUACUGCAGGUGAGGUGCAGCAGGUAUGGUGUAGUAUUCUCAUGUGAUGCCAGUAGGUAGGGUGUAGUAUACUCAGGUAGGUGCCAGUAUGGUAUUUGCAGUGAGGUGCAGCGGUAGGUGUAGUAUACUGCAGGUGAGGUGCAGGCAGGUAUGGUGUAGUAUACUGCAGUGAGGUGCAGAGGUAUGGUGUAGUCUGCAGGUAGGUGCAGCAGGUGGUGUAGUAUACUGCAGGUAUUGGUGUAGUAUUCUGCAGGUAGUGCACAGGUAGUUGCAGGUGAGGUGCGCCUGUAUUGUAGUAUUCUGCAGUGAGCAGCAGGUAUGGUGCAGUGAGUAUGUCAGUAUGGUGUAGUUACUGCAGGUGAGGUGCAGGUAUGGUGUAGUAUUACUGCAGGUGAGGUGCAGCGGUAUGUGUAUAUACUGCUUUGGGGUUUUUGGGGUUUUUUUCUGGGGUUUUGUUUGCUUUUUCGGAUGGUUUUUUUCUGCGGUUGGUGGUUUGGGUUUGGGGUUUGGGGUAUAAAAUGAGGGAUGGUUUAUAACUUUGCACUCAUGUGAAUCUACCGCAUAUGUGUGUCAAUUUGAAAAGAUGAGGGCAACAUUAGGGUAAGUAUACUGCAGCGAGGUGCAGCAUAUGUGUGUAGUUACUCCUGCGGUGAGGUGCCCUAUGUGUGUACUGCGGGGCACGUGUAACUGAAAGGUUUUUUAAAAAAAAAAAAAAAAAAAAAAAAAAAAAAAAAAAAAAAAAAAAAAAAAAAAAAAAAAAAAAGGGGGGGGGGGGGGGGGGGGGGGGGGGGGGGGGGGGGGGGGGGGGGGGGGGGGGGGGGGGGGGGGGGGGGGGGGGGGGGGCAAGGGGGGAAACGGGUUUCCAAAAAAGUUUUUGGGGGGUUUUUAUUUGGACCAAAUUUUCUCGGUUUUUUUUUCCCCCCCCAUUCCCACGUUGGAAAAGAAGGGGGAAAAUUCUAAAAAUUUUGGGGAAAAAAAUUUCAAAAGGGUUUCCCGGGCUUAAAAGGGAAGGGGGGGUUUUUUUAAAUGCAAAAGAAAAAUGCAAAAACCCGUGGGGGGAAAAAAUGAUUGGGGGGUUUUGGUUUUUUAAAAAUUUUUGGGCCCCGGGGAAAGGAUUUUUGUUAAAAAAGGGAGGGUUUUUGAUAUCUUUUCCCUUUACCGUGGUGCCCCGGGGGGUUUUUUUUUUCGUGUUUUAAAAAAUUUAUUCCCGGAGGGUUUUUUAAACCCCAGGGGGGGCGCCCCCCCCUUUUUUUAGGGGUUUUUCACCCCUUUUUUAUCCCCUUUGGGAUCAGGGGUUCCCCUAUUUUUGGGGCCAAAAAUUCCUUUGGAAUUGAUGGGUUUUACUGGAUUUGGUUUUUAAACCCGGGUUGGGGAUUUCCCCCUUUUUGGGGGGGGUUUUUUUCCCAAAGGGGAAUAAAAACCCCUUUCCCUUCCCAGGGUGAAAACUGUAGGGAAAAUUUGGUUUUGGGGAAAACCCGGGGAAAAAAACCCCGGGGGCUGGUUUUUUAAACCCGGUUUUUGGCGGGGUUUGGGGAAGGGGGGGGAAAAUUUCCGGGGGGAAAAUCCUUGGGCACAAGAAAAAAUUAACCCCCUUUUCCCCCUUUCCCCUUUCCCCGGAUUUUCCCCCAACCUUCCCCCCUUCGCAAAGGGGAAAAAACCCCCAGCAUUUUAAAACUUUGGAAAACCAUUUUGGGGGGGGUUUUUUUGGGGGGGGGUUUUCUUUUGUAACGGUUUGGGGGUUUCCUUUUUGGUUUUUUUAAAUUUUCGGGGUUGUUUUUUUUUUUUGGGGGGUUUUGGGUUUUGUUCGGGGUUUUUUGGUUUUUUGGGGUUGGGGUUUUUUCUGGGGGGUUUGGGGGGGUUUGUAUUUGGGAAGGGGGUCGGGGAGGUGAGAUAUGGGGAGUUCGCGGGUUUGGUUUUGGUAUUUAAUUUGGGGUGGGAAAUUUUUUGGGGGGGGGGUGAGUUGGGGUUUUUUUAGUUUUAGGGGGUUUUGGCGGUAGGUUGUAGUAUACUGCAGGUGGGUGGGUUUUGGGGUUAGGGUUUUUGGGGAAAAGCAUUUUGGGUGUGUAUACUGGGGGGGUUUAAAAAACGAAUUUUGGGUAGUAUCCCGGUUGGGGGCAGGUAUGGGGUUAUAGGGUUUUGGGGUAGAAAGAGGUGGUAAGGGGGGUUUUUGGGUAUCGCGGGUUUGGGGAAAUAGCGGUAGGGUGGGAGUUUGGGGGUUGGGGGUAGGGGUUUUGGGAAUUCCAAAAAAAAAAAAAUUCCCGGACCCCGGGAGGGGGAAAAAAAUUUUUUUUAAAACCCCCCCCCAAAAAACCCGGGGGCAGCAGAUAUGGUGUAGAACUGCAGGAAACCCGGUGUUAGAACAGCAGAUCAGAUUUUGUAAAAACGCAGGUGCAGCAGGAUGGUGUAUUUUUAUCCGGUCCUAGGUUUUGUAGAUACUGCAUAGGUUAUCCGGUAUGUGUUAAACAGCAGAUGGUGGGGUUACUCAUUAGGGUCGUAUACCAAGGUGGGUCCGGCAGGUUGGGUAGUUCCCCCGGUAUGGGUUGCGGCGUAGGUGUGUAUCAGGAGAAAUGUAGUAUUCUGCAGGUAUGGUUUUGUUUUACUGCAGGUGAGGUUUGCAGCAGCAGUGUAGGGGUGGGUAUACAGCAGGUAGGUGCAGCAUUUAUGGUGUAGUAUACCGGAUUGUUUUUGUACUGCAUGAGGUGUAGCAGGUAUGGUGUAGUAUCUCGGUGAGGUUCAGCGGUAUGGUGUAGUAUACUGCGGUAUGGUGUAUAGUAUUAUACUGCAGGUAUGGAUAUACUGCAGUAAAGGUGCAGCAGUAUGGGUGUAUAUUGAGGUAUGGUCAGCAGGUGGGUGUAGUAUACGCAGGUAGGGGUGAGAAAAGCAAAAUGGUUAGUAUACGAGGUGGGUGAAAAGCCAGGGAGGUGUAUGUAUAAUGCAUGGGUAUGGUGUAGUAUACUGCAGGUAUGGUGUAGUAUACUGCAGGUGAGGUGCAGCAGGUAUGGUGUAGUAUACUGCAGGUAUGGUGUAGUAUACUGCAGGUAUGGUGCAGCAGGUAUGGUGUAGUAUACUGCAGGUGAGGUGCAGCAGGUAUGGUGUAGUAUACUGCAGGUGAGGUGCAGCAGGUAUGGUGUAGUAGAAUGUAGAGAUGUUCAUAAGUACUGCAGGUGAGGUGCAGCAGGCGGUGUUUAGGGACUUAAUGGGGUUGUUUCUUUACUACUUAUCCUGCUAUCAGAGAUGCAUCAAGCUGUUCCCUUGUACUGCAGCCACGGUGCAACAAUUACAUUAUAGUAGACAGUCACUGUAAGGUAGAGAUGCAUAGAGCGUUUUAGAAGUACAGUUGAGGUCCAACGGGUACAGUGUUCUAGGCACUGCCUGUCACUUGAGGUCAUUUCUUUAGAAAGGAGGACUACUGGAGAUAAACCUCUUUCUCCAUAUUUAACCAGUUCUCUUAUUUUCGUCUGAAAUGAGUGUUACUGUACAUGUUGUGCAAUGAGUAUUGUAUUUACAGCGUAAGACAUGACUAAAGUUGGAGAAGGACUAUACGUGACACAGCAUAGAAUGUGGUCCCCAUGAGUCAGUUGGCUGGAGGAUGGUGCUUGUGUCAUGACACCAGAGAUGUUAGUUUGACUGUAUUAGAUAAAAGCUUAUUGUAAAUGACGAUCAACAUGACUCAACACAACAGAGAAACACGACUUUGUCGUCUGACCUUUUGACCUCUGCCCUCUCUGUUAGGUCCUGAACCGGUACAUGUCCACCCCUCUGAUCUCCACGCUGCCCUCCUCUUCCAUGGUCCCCAUGCCGGUCCUGGCCACACCCCCCUACCUGGCGACUGGCAGCACGCGGGACUGUGUCCGUCUGCGAGGUCUACCAUACACCGCUGCUAUAGAGGAUAUACUGGAGUUCAUGGGAGAACACACUAUUGAUAUUAAACCACAUGGGGUUCAUAUGGUGCUCAACCAACAGGUACUGGUACACACACACGUGCGCUUGUGCCAUGAUACUUUCACCCAUCUUAUAUUAAACACUUAGCGCAGAUGAAGUGAUGGGUACAAGCCGAGGAAUCGGAAGCAGCUUUACACUAUUGAGAUGCAACCAAAGUUCCUACCCUAACCCUUCCAACAGCCCAUCUUUCUCAUCUCUAACCUCCCUCUCCUCUCCAGGGUCGUCCCUCAGGUGACGCCUUCAUCCAGAUGAAGUCAGCUGACAGGGCGUUCAUGGUGGCCCAGAAGUGCCAUAAGAAGAUGAUGAAGGAUCGCUAUGUGGAGGUGUUCCAGUGUUCUACUGAGGAGAUGAGCUUCGUCCUGAUGGGAGGAACACUCAACCGCAGCGGCCUGUCCCCUCCACCCUGCAAACUACCCUGUAAGUCUAUAAUAGAUCUAGCUGAAUCACUGCAUGUCCCAUUGAUGUUUUACAACAUAUCACGUAGAACAGAGAAUAUGUAGCGAGGACAGUGGAAGUAGCUUUCAGAAAUGCUUCUUUAUUAUUCAAACGGACAUGUUUCAGUCAGGGUUAUGCCUUUUUAAUGGUUUGUUCAGGGAACAUAUUACACAGGCAGGGUCAGCUGUAGUAAUUAUGCCCUCCAUAUUAGUUGUAUAAUGUAGGGUGGUGUAACACACCAAUUAAAACUAUGAAGGGUUUGUUUGCAUACACACGGUUAAAGUGGGUGUCUAUCCCAGUGUACUUUGUUCUAUUAGUGCCCUGUUGCUAUAGAGAUUAGAUUCCUGCUUAUCAUAUCACUAGAAGGCAGUGCAUGCUCUUGGUGUGGCUAUUGGCUGUUGUGAAUUCCGUCUGGUGUCACCAUUGGCUGUUGUGAAUUCUGAUGGCCACACUUUGAGAGCAGUUACUCAAAUGGCGGUUUCUGUUUGCUGUUGACUUUUUUCCCUUUAUUCAACCUCAUGUUUGACAUCAACUGUAAUCUCACUGGCUUGACCUGGAGUUAUGGCAGUCCCUCGCUCAGGUUGCCAGGUUGGUAGCCGAGUGUACCUAGAACGCUCAUCCCCACAAGGUCACUUGGGUUGCCAGAUUGGGUAGGGAUGAGUGUACAUUACCUGGCUGGCAACCCUUAACCCUACAAAGUCAGUCACUCUCACUCAGGUUCCCAGGUUAGUGAGCGGAGUGUAGUCCACCUGUUAACCCCUCAGGCCCACAAGGUCACUUGAGUUGCCAGUUUGGUGACCAGUCACUCAGGUUACCAGAUUGUAGUGGAGUGUACAACAUGUGGCAACCUUCAGCCUAACAAGGUCACUUAAGUUGCCAGAUUGGUUAGGGGAGUGUACCUGCAAACCCACCCUCAGCCCACAAGGUCAUCUGACUGUGUUUUGUGUCAAUGUGGCCCACAGACCCAUACAGCCUGUUUGUGUAUAAAUGCGCUGUCCCUCCCUCCCUCAGUCCCUCAGUGUGUUUAUGUUGUAGGGUUAGGGCAGCACCAAGGACAGACCUGGAGCAACUUUCUGAGUAGGAUACUAUCUUGAGGCUUUUAUGUGACUAAUAUAUACAGUCUUAUCAAUCAUAUGAAAAACUAGAGUUUUUCCUAGCCACCAUGCUUCUACAUCUGCAUUGCUUGCUCUUUGGGGUUUUGGGCUGGGUUUCUGUAUAAGCACUUAGUGACAACUGCUGAUGUAAAAAGGGCUUUAUAAAUCAAUUGGAUUGAUGUUGUAUGGCACAUGGAGCUGUAGUCCCCUGUAGCUCAGUUGGUAGAGCAUGGCGCUUGCAACGCCAGGGUUGUGGGUUAGUUUCCCACGGGGGGCCAGUAUGAAAAAUGUAUGCACUCACUAACUGUAAGUCGCUCUGGAUAAGAGCGUCUGCUAAAUGACUAAAAUGUAAAUGUAUGAUGGUUCAGUGUGAUAUGUGUUUGAUGUGCAGGCUUAGGCAUGAUAAUGUUAUGAUGGUGUAAUAAUAUUAAGAUUAUGAUAAGGAUCCAAUAUUCCUGUGUAGUUGAAUGUUACUGUAUCUGAAAUUCUGAACUUCCCUCUCUGUCCUCUCCCCAGGUCUGGCUCCUCCGGCCUAUGCUGCGUUCCCUUCUCCUGCCAUGCUCUCUGAGGCUGCUCUGUACCAGCCCCCCCUACUGGCCACCCCCAGAACCCCCCAGCCCCCACACAGCCCCCACCCCACCCUGGCCUACUACCCCCCACAGCACCACCCUGCACAGCUCUACAUGAACAUGAACAUGAACUACACUGCAUACUACCCCAGGUUAGUAUAAACUACACUGAAUACUACCCCAGGUUAGUAUAAACUACACUGAAUACUACCCCAGGUUAGUAUGAACUACACUGCAUACUACCCCAUGUUAGUAUGAACUACACUGCAUACUACCCCAGGUUAGUAUAAACUACACUGCAUACUACCCCAGGUUAGUAUGAACUACACUGCAUACUACCCCAUGUUAGUAUGAACUACACUGCAUACUACCCCAGGUUAGUAUAAACUACAAAGAAUACUACCCCAGGUUAGUAUAAACUACACAGAAUACUACCCCAGGUUAGUGUAAACUACACUGAAUACUACCCCAGCUUAGUGUACAAACCACACAACCAUUUCCCUCUGGGGUUUUGUCAAUAUGAACUGUACAUCCUCUUGUGUCAUGUGUGUAUGCAGUUCAAAGUGCCAUGUUCCAGUGUCAAAAUCAAUACCCAACAUAUUCUGGAUAAUGUACACUUGCUUCCAAAGUAAAAAAAACUAUCUGUUUCUCUCUCUUGCUCUAGCCCCCCAGUCUCUCCCUCCACGGUGAGCUACUUUGCAUCUCCUCCAGGGUCAGUAGCGUUAGCGGCCCAGCAGCCCCAUGCCCAAGGCCAUGUUGCCUCUCCCAUGAUGCCCCAGCACGGCGCUCUAGUCAGGAUGCAGGGUCUGCCCUACAAUGCCGGGGUCAAAGACAUCCUCAGCUUCUUCCAGGGAUACCAGGUCAGAACCCCCAAUAUACCCCCCACUACUAACCCUCUCCUUUUCCCUCCACAGUCCCCUAAAACAGUCUCUGCUGCCCUCUACCCCCAGUCCCUCCCUCCCUCUACCCCCAGUCUCCUUAGUUCCAGUCUCCCCAGUCCCACUCCUCAAUCUCCAUUGCAGUUUAAUGUGUGUCUUGGUGAUUUCUUUGCCACUCUUUUUUGUGUGUUUUGUCCCUUUUCAUAUACAGACUAAGAUCCCACUAUUUUACCAUACCAGCUUUUUGUAGGGGUAGGGGGUAAAAACAUGGCAAAUUAAAAGCCACCUAAAAACCUAGUCAUGAUUCCUGCAUUUUCACAGACGCUGUAACCAAAAUACAGGUAUUGGGUCUGUGUGAUUGGUUUUCUGCUUUUUGCAGGUAAAUUCAUUAACACUUCCAUUGUUUUAACACCUCCCUAAUUUGAAAUGCAAACAGCCCCCAUGGUUUAACAACACCCCCAUCCCUCCCAAUUUGCCAUUUACCCACUGACAUGUAUAAAAGGAGUAUACCUGCAAUUGAGUGGUAAAUAACGGGCUGUUUGAAAGGGGCUUAUAUAAACAUUGCGUUGUAACAUACCACAUCUUCUGUCUGAUGCGGGUAUAUGUUUGUGCCUGUGUGUGACAGCCAAAAGCAAAGCAGGAUGUUCUGCUAGUUUUUGCAGGGUUUAGGGGCUGUCGGUUAGAGUCCUGCAUCGGGUCGGUUCCCCGCGGUUGACCUGCAAAAAAAUCAGCUAGCGGGAGCAAUGAAAACGUUAUUUCAACCCAUGGGUCGGUUUGCGGUUCAGAACAAUUAUAUUGCGGGUCGGAAGCAUUUUAAAUCAAGAUAAAAUAUUUUUUUAUUGUGUUGAGAAUUCCGUUCUGUGAGCGGUGAGACAGACAUGUAGGCUACCAGCCAUGCACGCAGUGGAUCAGGGAACUGUCCAUUGUGUGGUGCUGGAAUAUGUUGCCAAGUGUAAUUUCCCUGGAUAGCGUAGGUCAGGCGAAAAUGUCUAACAUAGACCUAACUGGAAAAAUAAAAAUAAAGGUUAUGAAAUACACCAUUGUGGAAACAGGUGCUGCACGAGUUUUGUCAGCUAAAGGCUUUCAUUAGGUAAGAAGGCUAAUUAGAAGGCCCUUGUUUCAGAGUGAUUUGAGUUGUCAAUUGUAAAAAUAAAAAGAUAUCGGCUUGGUUUCCUUUUAUCCAAAUGUUCAAUAGACAUGCAAACAAAUGAAUUCAUGCAGGGAGGGAAUAAUGGCCUACUACUCUGGAGUAAUGGAAACAAUAAAAUUGAUGUUAUUUGGUGGGUCACAGAUCAGCUCUCGGAACAAUUCUAUGCGGGAGAGUCGGGUUGAGGAGAAAAAUCUGUCCUGGUGUCAGAUGGGGCUCUAAAUUGGUUUGGGGCGAGUGCGGCUCUGACUUGUGUUACAUAAACUGUAAAAAUAAAAUGUUAUUGGUCGCGUACACAUUUUGCAGAUGUUAUCACGGGUGCAGCGAAAUGCUUAUGUCUCUAGCUCCUACAGUGCAGUAAUACCUAACAAUACACACAAAUCCCCCAAAAUUUUAAAUUUAAGAAAUACCUGGACAAACUGUCCAAACCCUUCUUAUUCCAUAAUAGCAUAUUUGUAUAAUUCCCCAAACUAUAACCCCACCUCAUGACAAAACCAGCUUUAUGUUUAACUACAAGCCUGUAGGCAAACCAUCAUUCACCAUUGACCAGUCACUAUGCUCAUAUAUUAGCUACCAGAAUGCUUUAUUGCAACACCAAGCAUGGUUCAGCCGUGCUGCAUAUUCAAUAAGGAACACGUGUGCACUUGUGCUCUCCCCUUCUCUUACUUCUCCCUCAUUGGCUGACUGGCUGAGUAGGUGGAGUGAGUCUACAGAGGAGGUAUGAACUGAACUCUCACAGUACUGUGACUGACUGGGCUGGUUGGGCAAGGUGUAUUAGGUGUUCUAGGAUACAGGGCUGGGGCUGGGAUGUUUUUGUAAAAGGGUUUGGGUCUCUUUGUGCUCUUAAAGGUUUGUUUAGAAAAGUUGCUGCUGGUUUUUAAUGUCAUAGGUAUGUGUUUUCCUUGGGGCUAACUCUUAAGUUCCCAGCAUGUGAGAUCACCUGACCAGUUACUGUAAGGCUUUUCAGUCAUACGCUGUGUGUGUGUGCUAAAGAGUGUGUGUUGCUGUGUUCAGUCCUGACUCUUGGCUAAACCACUGUAAUCUCAUCCUGACUGAUUAUCCCCUGGUUUUUGCUAUCUGGCUCAAUUAUAAACUUGUUGUGCUAUCUCUGACUGAGCACUCAGUUUGGGUGAGAAACUGUUCUGAUUGGUGUCUUACAUACAUUACACUUAUAGUGUAUGCAUGUAUGUUCCAAUGACAGUUGUUGGGGACUUGUAGUGUGGUGUAUCUACAUUUAAAACGUGUGUAUCUAGGUUUUAAACUGUGAGUUUAUUUAUGUGGUGUGUGUGUAUAUAAUGCUCUACUGAGUCCCCCUGUCUGACUGUGAAACUCAUUACACUGUAGUACUCUCCUGAAGACUACAGCAGCAUGGUUCAGAUGAGUCAGGGACAGACCAGGAGUCUGAUCCAGCCCAAAGAGUGGCUCUGUCUGUAGGGAGACUAAGGUAAGUUAACACCCUCAACCCCCUGUACCUCGCAUGGCCCCCCCGUCUGCCUGCCUGCCAGUCCACCUGCCGAACACCAAAUCAACAGUGUGCUCCAGAGUGAAUCUCUCUCUCUUUCUAUCUCCCUUCCUCUCCUCUCUAACUAUUUAUCUAGCCCUUGACCUGAGUGUGCUACCCUAGUGGUGUUCUUUCUGAGUUUAUUAACACAAUUGCUAACCUGCUCCCACAGACUGAUCAGGGGAUUGCUUUUGGACUGAAGCUCUUCUAAAGGGAAGCAUGCAUUAGAAGGAAUUGCAUUGGCCUGUGGUUUCUCGUCUUUGACUCAUCCAACUCUACUGGUUUGAUCAAUGCAGGAUCUCUUCUCUAACUACUGGUUUGAUCAGUGCAGGAUCUCCUCUCUAACUCUACUUGUUUGAUCAGUGCAGGAUCUCCUCUCUCCUUUGCCUGAUUGUGGCCCCCUGGUGUUGGGAUGGUGCUAAUGACUGAGCGGUGUGGCUUCUAUCCCCUCUCUCUCUCGCUCCACACCUCUUUACAUCCCUCCUCCAUCUCCUGUGGUUUGUUGCCUCCAGCUCCAGCCGGACUCCAUCCUCCUGUUGUACAACUUCAGCGGCCAGCGUAGUGGCGAGGCCCUGGUCACCUUCCCCAGCGAGGAGUCAGCCAGGCGGGCCGUGGCCGAGCGCUCCAACCACCCCCUGUCUGGUCUCCCCGUCCACCUGCUGGUGUGCUGCAACUGA